AUGUCAGGCAUACACGCGACCAACAACCUGUACCAGAGAUACGGUCCAAAGGGUUUCAUGGAGAUCAAGAUCCUCCAAAACGACAACCUUUACGUCCGCGUCGACUUGCCCGGUGUUCCAGACGACGGUGUCCGCCACAGAGUCGACUCCGUGAGGCAAAAGGUUGUCUUUUUCUCCGGUGAAGAGACUCUCAGCGACGGAGACGACAAGAAAAACGCCCGGUCAAAGUCAAAGACCAUGACAACAAGUGUACUCACUUUCUUCCUCCCAACACAGAUGUUUAAAGCGGCUGAGGACCAUCGAUUUGUGGUGAAAGGUUGUAAGCGUUCAACCAGUAGGAGACGAAGAGGUGAUGGAGGAGGUUCUUGCGUUUCAUUCGACUUGCCAGGUGUUUGUAGUGAUGAUAUAUUGGUGCUUCCUAAUGAGAAUGAAGUCAAGUUCUAUGGUGAGAACAAGGAGGUCUAUGAGCACGAUGAUAGUUGCCGUAUCUUCAUGGGAGCCAUCACCCGUUCUAGCGUUUGUGCUCCUGGAGUUCCACUUUGA